UUUAUAGUUGCUAACACGGUUGUGAUUGACUUAUACCUGGAUAUUUUAGUUAUAUUAAGCACUAAUUUAUUAUGUCUAUUUUAUUCUACUUUUUCAGUUUAUUUUAUCAAAUGGAUAAGAGUUGGAUAGACUACAAUUCUCUUAAUAAAGAGAAGUAUAUUAGAGGAGUUUUAAAUUUUCUAGAUUUUGCAUUUGCAAAAUCGUCAAAGGAUGGAAAAAUUUUAUGCCCUUGUACCAAAUGUGUCAAUUGCAAGUGGCACUCUCGGAUGAAUGUUUAUGAGCACAUUAUUAAUAAUGGAUUUCUAAAAGGAUAUGUUACUUGGAUCUUUCAUGGUGAACAAGUUGGCCCAUCUAGUUCUUUAGAUACAUCCCAAGUGGAAGGGGAGUUUGAUCAUGACAUGGAUACAUUGGUUAUUCACAAUGCAUGCAACUAAUGAGAGUAAUGACACAGAUAUAAAUAUGGAGGAUGGAGAUUCUAGAGAAUUUAUGAAUGGACCGAGUGUUCAACAAUCUGAAGACAAUAAUAAUUCAGAUAAGUUCUAUCAGAUGUUAAGGGAGGCAGAGCAAAGUCUUUAUAAAGGUUGUAAGAAGUUUACAAAAUUGUCAUUCCUUGUACAUUUGUAUCACUUAAAGUGUCUAAAUGGGUGGACUGAUAAAAGUUUUUCGAUGUUGUUAGAGCUGUUAAGUGAUGCAUUACCAGAGGAAAAUACUUUGCCCAAAUCAUUUUAUGAUACAAAGAAGAUUAUUUCAGGGUUGGGUCUAUCUUAUGAAAAAAUUCAUGUUUGUCCCAAUGAAUGCAUAUUGUAUAGGAAGGAUUUGGGUGAUGCUGAAAUUUGCCCUAAAUGCAAUUUGUCAAGAUGGAAAUAUAACUCUGAUGAUGUUGAAUGUAGAAAAAAGAUACCAGCAAAGAUUCUUCGUUGGUUCCCUCUUAUACCUAGAUUGCAAAGACUUUUUGUAUCACCAAAAAUAGCUUGUUCUAUGAUAUGGCAUGAGGUUGGUCAAACUAAAGAUGAACUCCUGAGGCAUCCAGCUGAUUCAUUUGCUUGGAAGAAUUUUGAUUGUCAGUAUCCUGAUUUUGCUUGUGAUGCUCGUAAUGUUCGACUAGGUUUGGCUACUGAUGGCUUUAAUCCUUUCAAAACUAUGGCAAUUUCCCAUAGCACUUGGCCUGUUAUCUUGAUUCCGUACAAUCUUCCUCCAUGGAUGUGUAUGAAGCAACCUAAUUUUAUACUUUCAUUGCUUAUUCCUGGUCCAAAAGGUCCAGGUAUGAACCUUGAUGUUUAUAUGCAGCCUCUUGUGGAAGAAUUAAAGGAAUUAUGGGAAAUUGGGGUAAAAACAUUUGAUGCAUGUAAAAAAGAGUCAUUCCAAAUGUGUGCUGCAAUUAUGUGGACUAUUAAUGAUUUUCCUGCUUAUGCAAAUUUGUCUGGCUGGAGCACUAGAGGCCAAUAUGCUUGUCCAUGUUGUGGUUUUGAGAUUGGCUCAAAGUGGUUGCGUUAUGGUAGAAAGUUUUGCUAUAUGUGUCAUCGUCGUUGGUUAGAGCCCGAUCAUAAGUGGAGAUACAAUAAAAGAGAUUUUGAUGGAACCCAGGAGUUUAGAGCUCCACCUGAUCUACCUAGUGGAGCUUUUUCUUUGAGAUAGAUGGAAUAUCAUGGAGUUGGGGAUUGGUCACCAUGGAAAAAGAGAAGUGUUUUGUUCACAUUGCCUUAUAUGACAAUGUCACCAACCUUUUGCUAACAUAACAAUUAUAUAUUAUAUGUUUAUUUUGAUUAUUGACUUUUUAUAUUUGUUGGUUAUAGAAAAUAAGCAACAUCAACAAAAGGAGCCGCUCAAAAUAUGAGGACUUGCAUUGCAUGGGAACCAAUAAUCUUCCAAGACGGAUUCAUGAGAUGACUACAAAGGCUAAGGGAGUGCAACCUUCUAGGGCAAAAAUUUAUAUUGAUACUCGAACUCGAAAAGAUGGAAGCAUUGUUACUGAAAAGGCUGUUAUUGUAAUUGAUGAACUAAAAAAUAAAAUGGUUGAAGCAGAGAGUUCGCAAAAUUUACAAAGCACCCAAGAUUCUACUGAUUGGACAAAUGAUAUAUAUUCAAAAGUCAAAGGACCUGAAAAAAGAGGACGUGUGCGUUGUCUUGGCAAGCUUCCACAUCAAGCAAGUUCAUCUCAAAGCUCUUAUACAAACAAUAGAAUUCAAAAGUUGGAGAAUUUGCUUGGAAACCUUGUAGCUGUGCUUAAAGUAUGAUUUGCAGAAGAUCCACAAAUUAAUCAAGUUUUAGAAGCUAUUGAUCAAGAGGUACCUACAAAUGAUUCUACCAGUAAAGAUCAUCAAACUACAAACAAUCUUAGCUAGAGGCUUCAUGGAGUUGCUAUAAUUUGUUGCUUCUGAGAGAAAAAGGUAGGAGCAUGCCAAGCUUAUGAUGGAAGAAACAGCUAGUUAAAACAAGAUUCCAAAUUAAUUGCUGCACAUGCAACAUUUAAUACUACUGGGCUCUUUUGCUUUACUAUUGAGUCAUCAAGGGACUCUUGUUGUUAGAGUCUUUUGUUUUUGUUAUCCUGACUCAUAGA